CUUUACGUUUUGACUUUUGAACUCAUGUCGGGCAAAACUGGUAAGUUGCGCUCCAAACACUCCCGAAGUGUCUAUUCACUUGGCGUUGCACGCAGCAACAGGCGUUUGUUUAGAUUUGUCACGAAUACUAUGGCGAUGAGUCUGUUAUUUAUUCACUGUCUUGGCAAAACCUUAAAUUCAGCCCCACGCCCACACUGUUCAUUAUCCAGAAGAACUCAGGCAACCUUAGGACAAUCAAUAUUCAAUCAGCGUAAGACCUCUUCAGUACUUGUCUUUGCUUGUUCCAACUUGUUGCAAUUCACCAAAAAUAUCUCUUACAAGAUUGAAGCUGUGCAACGCUUUCACAAUGCCCAAGAAGCGAGCCACUGCAAAGAAAGUACGCAAGAUGAAGAAAGUCUCCCAAAAUGCUGGAGGCAAGCCUCGUGGGGAGACUUUACUAACUCAGCACGUCACCUUCUCUGAUCUACCGCCUGAAAUCCAUGAGAACAUCAUUGAUCAUGUGUUUGGGCAUCGUGGUUCGAUGUCACGCUCCCAUUCUGCAGCUGAAACCCGCUGUGACUGGCGCGGGAUAAUGAGAAACCCGGGAUGGAUUCAGCACUCCCAGCUGGCACUGGUUUCACAUGUUUGGAGACAAUUAGUCCAACAGAGAAUUUAUCGAAACAUACGAGUUCGAGGAACUUUUGACCAAAUAACUUACUUCAGAGAGUGGUUCAAGAAGAGGCCUCACCUAAAGCCCUAUGUCCGGCAUAUCGAAAUUUGGAUGCCUGUCUGGAGUGAGAUAAUGCCCAACAUUAUGUUCGACACACCAGAAAAGGCCCAGGAGAUACAAUCGAUGAGUCUUCUCGAUCUUCUUAAUCAUGCAGUGCAGGCGGCGCGGCUCAGGAAUCCGGAUGCGCGAAGUACCCCUAUUUAUAGCUCUUUCGCACGCUCGCCUGGUACUUGUAAUGUACCGCUCGAGGGGAUAUUUCAAUCCAUUCUUGAUACGCUCCCGGAAGUCCGCAUAUUGACCAUUGAGGCCGGCCAAUACAAAAAGUCGCCAAUGCUCCAAUAUUUCCUUAGGAACAAACGAUCAGGAACACUUCCAGUUCUCCCUUCCAUUGAGAUUUUAGUCAUAAAGGAUGCUUGGAACUUAAUGCACUGCAACCACGACUAUAAGGUGCUUGCUGCAAGCCUGCCCAAUGUCAAAGAAAUCCAGGCGAGCUAUGCAGACAUUGCCACUCAUAACUAUCGGAGCAUGACCAAAAUUGUGCCGGAGAUGAUCAGCACCCUCACGCACUUGACCCUGGACCUUGAACCCGUACAUUGCGAGGCGGUCCCAUGCUCUGAGGUGAUUGACAAAUUAUUACCGCACGUUCAUCUGUGCCCUGUGUUGGGAAAGCUUGCCCCUCAAUUAAAGACACUCAACUAUGCCGGCUGUAUUUGCCCGCAAUUCUUCAAGCAGGCCCAAGAAGCUGUUAUCAAUCAGUCAAGCCAAUGCUACCUACGUUCAAUCGAUUUCACAGCCCGAAACUUUUGCCAUACCAGAGCCGCUCGCGUGGCGAUCCCAGGCCCUCUGCACCUUGGAUAUGUCCAGGGUUUCGAAAGUACCAUUGCCGCAUGCAUCCGAUCCCUUCCCGAACUGAGGCUGGAGUACUUUAGAAUGCGGUUCAUUAGCAUCGGGAACAAAUUCAGAUUUCUCGAUCCUUAUUUCGAACUGAGCGAGAACAAAUGUAAAGGUUUGUGGAAUUACGGACUGAAGGAUCUCCUUAAAGAACAUCGCCCCGAAGCCUCCUACGUCGCGAAAACCGAGGGCCUCGAGACGGCUAAGGAGCCUCUCAAGGAAGGUGUGCCCUUAUCCAGGGCGAAUUAUCCUACCGAGCGUCCACUUGCUAUUCAUACUGGGAUUUAUCUUGAUUUGGCGAUCCACAAUAUCAAUUUUCCCUCCAACUGAUCCUACAGGGACAGGGAACGACUAAGGGUCCUAUUACUCUGUAUCGACGAGCAGAGAUUUCAAGAAUGAUGCUCGCAUAUGCUAUCGAGCUUCUCAUUACAGUCUAGGACCGGUCUUACCACAGUUUAUGCUAGCGUUCGUUCUUCAUCAACGGUGUCCAUGUUCGACGGCUCUAACUUCUGAGGGUAUUUUUUUACCACACCCAUCGCGAACCGGAAAUUUGUUUUGCAAUUAUUGUCUGCAAAUGAUUUGUUUUAUCACGGCUGUCUCUGAUAUCCUGUCAAAUUGUUACUCAUUAUCAGAUAACCCGUUCAGCCGCUUUUCUUUUCUGUCGGCGACUUCGCCAAAAUUGUUUUCACCCCGUCUGCUCUACUUUCCCCCCUUUCCUUGACUAACUUCUCAAAAAAGAAAAAGAAAAAAAAAAUUAUCUUCCACCUGCCU